ACCCCAGAUUUUCAUUUGAAGAGUCGAGGGAGGGUGAUCUCAGAAAUCGUCUGUCUCAGCUCGGCGUGUUUGACACUGUGACAUAGGUAGGCGAUACUUCAGAUCAUAGACACUUGUCCAUUCUACUGUUUUGACGGGAUCACAACGCACGUCGACCACGUGUAGCUUGGCCAUUCAGUCUGUGCCUCACUUGGAGUGUAUGGCCACUUCGACAAGAUUUUCAGGCACUUCAAAAAGCGCUCUGGAAAGCCCCAAACCGACUCGCACAAGGAUUUUGCGUUGCAGUGCAUGUAGCGCAGGCGAUAAAACGUCGCUUGGAUAGCUGAUGCACGGGUUUCGCGUGCAGACCUUGGAAAAGUGUCAAACCCAGAAAGCAACGAGCACUUUGCUGACAAUCGAAUACUGAUGGCAAAUGCAACGACGCUCCAACAAGCAACUGCGCACCAGAUCUGGCAGCCAUUCUUCGGUAGCAGCGCCAGCAACACCAACGAAGCGGCAGCCAAGAACUCGGCAGCAGCAGUGGCUGCAGUCGCCGCCGCUCCAGUCGUGGUAGCGAAUAGCAUCGAGCAGCUUCUUCUGGCGCAGAGCGCCGCCACGGCCAGUAUCUUUCAGGCAGCAGCUCUGGCCAACAGCGUGUCCGCGGCCGACCUCCAGCUCAUUCAGCACAGAGCGACGACUGGCGGAACCAGAGGCAGUGAGGCCGCUGCGGCGACGACUUCCGACAAUCGCGACGCUCUCGCACUGACCGAUGUCGCAGCAGCAUACACCACGAGUUUGCCGAGCUCCAGCGGCGACGAGGAUGUUGCACUGGAGCAUGUGCGGGCGUACACGGUCGAGGAGCCAUCGUCAGACUCCUCAUCCGGCAGCGGGCACACCGACACUGCGAUGGACGAUGGCGAGCUUGACUUUCUGUGCGAGCUGCUGUCCGAGCAGUCGGAUGACGAGGCGAUCGCCGCGCGCAGCACGUCUCCGCUUCAAGUCCAACUCGGGUGGAGCAGUACGAGUGCGGCUAGUCUCACAGCAGGAGCCGUGUCUCCGACAUGUAGUCCGGUAGGCAGCCUUGUGACCGUCCUGUCGUCGUCGGACAUUCAAGCAGCAGUUGGUGCUGCUGCUGCUGGUGGUGCUGGCUCCGGCAUAGUAGCGGCCAACGAGCUAACACUGGAUCAGUUCCUCAGCGCAUACGACGAUCUGAGACCCGCAAGCAUUCUGGAGCAAUCACGUGACGGCGACACAACUGCCAGCGCUAGUCAGGUUACGUUCAACAGUCCAGCGUCUGGCCCAGUCGGACGAGCGCCGGCACUGGAGCACGCGGGGAGCAUCGACGACAUCCUAGUCGCCGCCGCAUCACCAGCCUCAAGCGUUGCCACAGUGACGAUCGCCGAGACAACGGAAGACACCAUGACGUCGCCUGCUGCCAAGACGACAACGCAGGUGGAGGGCAGCACACUUCACGCGGCGGUGCGGGCACACAGCGUGCCCAGCAAGGCGGCGAAACGCUCGCCGCGUCUGACCAUGACGCGACGCACCCUGUCGGCGCCGACGACAUACAAGAUCACGCUGCCGGACAGCGACGAGACGGACCGCAGCACGGCGAGCAGCGGCAACGACACCAUCACCUCGAUCACCGGCGGCGACGGACAGACGGAGAUCCGACGCCACCGCGGGUCGCGCGGCAAGAAGAAGAACCGCAACCGCCCGUCCUCCGACUCCGUGGCAACGCCGGGAAGUGGUGCCGGCGGCGGUCGAGCAAGCCCGACCUACGACAAGGACUCGCAUCGGUAUCGGCGUCGCCGGGAUCAGAACAACGAGGCCGUCCGCCGAUGCCGCCAGCGUACCAAGGAGAAGUACGAGGAGAGCGUGAAGCACGCCGCAUCCCUGCAGGCGCAGAACACGGCGCUGCGCGACCGCCUCGUUGCCAUGGAGAAGGACAUGUCGUCGCUACGGCAUCGGCUGGCGUCGACGCAGCUCGGCAGCGCGUCGCCUCUCGCCGGCCAGCGCUUUGCUCACCCUGUUGAUAGCAGUGGCAGUGGUAGUAGUAGCGACGAGGAAAUCCUGAUGACGCAGCCACUGCCCACAUCGGCAGCAGCCACCACCUCCUCUGCCGGCUCACUGUGGGAAAUGCUCAUCAACGGAGAGCUGUGAGAACUGGUCGUGUGCAUUUUCGCAGAUCAUCGCCACUCUGCCUAGCAAUACUGAUUUACAAAUUUUAGUUCUGUUUUUAAUUUUUUAAUUUUCUUGUCAAACCUGUUCACGACUUCUAGCAAUUAUCUUGAUGACAAUUCACCCCCAUGUCACCAUGGUAACCUGAUUAGCCUCCACGGCCGUUGGUCGUAUCUUUGCCGCGUGUUCACCUGCCGUAGCACGGAACGAAGUGGCGAGAACUGAUCUUUCUCCGAAUUUGAUCUCUAUGCUGACCUGCGUUGGUUUGGCACCCACGCUGUCACACGCACGUUUUCCAAGCAGCGCCUAGCAUGGCGCUCAGAAACGUGCUUGGUCCUGGCGAUAUUGAUCAAUGAUCCCAGCAGCAAUAUCUGGUAUGAUAUUCAAUUUGUGGGUCACUUGAGCUUGUCAACUUGCGUACACGCCGCUGCACAGCAACAUUGAUGACACAUCCUAGGAGCUUAUUUCCUGUAUUCACUCCUGCUGGGUGUCUUUCUUGUGACGCUCGCGAGUGUGUGGCUCACUGUUGCAGCGGUCUGUUCUGACUUCCGCUAUAUUUUCAGUUUCAAUACAACCCGGUUCCCUCUCUUCAAAGUUUGCUUGUGUGUGUUGCUGUAUCGAUGAGCUUUACCAGCCAGCAGGGCGUGAAAACGCCUGUACACAUAA